UCACAUUUGGACAAGAUAAUACGACGGUUUAACAUAAUAAGACUAUAUUUAGACAAGUCAGCACCACAUUAAACGGUUUGACAUAAUACGACUGUGUUUUGACAAGACAACAACAAAUAUGGACAAGAUAUCAGGGCGGUUUGACAUAAUAAGACACCUUCUAAAGAAGGCCGAAAGAAAUGUAACAACGUAAGACAGCUAUGGCGUUCCAUAUCUUUAAACGCUAUGCGUUUAUGGCUAUAAAUGAUUUACGAGCAUACCCGAGGUUAACGUAUCGAGUAAAACCAGUUUCCAUUUGUAGUAACGCAAUAAUGUCUAUUUAAGAAACCAACGCGGAAGUUUUGUGAACAGAGAAGUAUUCAUUGUCUCAGGCGUGUAUUUGCGAUCAGUUCAUAAAAAGGUGUACUGUGUUAAUAAAUACCUAUACGGACUUGUAAAAAAAUCUUCGACACAAAAAUGGAAUGGACGGAGCCACCCCUAAUACUUAUCUAUGUCGUGUUGUUUUUGACAAUUGCCAUCUUUUCCGCGUUGGUCAUAUGGCUUUGUUUAAAGCUACGCCAACACGAACGAGAAAUUAUCGCCUUGCAAGAGGGGACCACACUCUCGCCUCCGGUCUCCAAGGCGAUGUCCCCUGAACAUGACAGCGCAAUCGACCUGAAUGAGGUCCACAUGAGAAGCCGUCCUCUGAGUCAGACCUCGGGCGUAUCUUCCGUGGACUCUGCCAGAAAGAGAAUGACUAUUCAAAUCCAUAAAGAGCAAGUGAAUGUAUACGGAAACUGUCCACAGAUAGGCUUGCUGAUGAUGACCGCUCAGAACUAUUACAAGUCACAUACCAACACGGCAGUUGACGUUCCCGCAGAAGCUAUAAAUGUAGUCGAUGCGCAGACUAACCGAAAAACUGUUAUAAGUAGGUUACUUACUAAUGAUUGGCAAGAAGGCUUGCCUACGUCAUUGAUUUUUGACGGCAACGCCAGUUCAUUUGGCCAAAUAGUUAAACAGAAUAAGGGCAUAUUUAUCCAUAAAACGAUCGGUCCGAAAGGAGGCCGCAUGAACAUUUCUGGCGUUACACUGGAUAUUCCCCGAGAUGCCCUUGUGGAUGAAACCUUGGUUUCUCUGGGUUUACUUUGGAAUGAGGAUUUCGCUCCACCUCUGACUAAAAAGCAGACAAUGCUGAGUCCAAUGGUUCUUUGUCAGCCUUCUGGUUUGAAGUUCAAGAAGCCCGUAAAGCUGACGUUUCCGCACUCGGCCUACAGAAUUACGUCCGAUUGGGUCCCGAAGGUAAUGAAGAGGGAAGGAAGUCUCGAGAACCAGAGUCAAUGGGAAACACUGACACUAGCGGACUACUCACAGAGGGAUGUCGGAAAGCAUCGCAUCACCUUGCAUCUAAACCACUUUACUUUAUAUACGCUUGUUGGGGAAUCGAAGCAAGGGAAAACGGCUGCAAAACUGGUCCAUUGUGUGGCAUUUACCAACCAACUGCAGCGAGGUUCUCUUUUCAAACCGAGGAUAUAUUGUUUGAAUUCAUACAAAGAUGAAGUUGAGGAAGUUCAGAAACUUCAGAACCAGUUUGAAGGCGUUUCUAAGCUCUCUGACACCAGCGGUUUUAUAGUCCACGACACCGAACACGACAUCUUGGUAGAGCUUGUCAAACUAUGUGAUGGAUGGCAGCUAAAUGGAGAGAGAACUGAGGUAUUGCCAUUUGAAAACGUGUGGCACGGUUUUCAACCUCACUGCACUUUUGUUAUGCGUCAGAAGAAAACGACUGUAUAUGAAAUGAUAUGCGAGUUCCACGUUCACCAAGCAGGCGACGACAACAGAUUCGCCAAGCUGAAGAUCGCUGAAGCCAUGCCCAUGCCGAGUUCACCCCUGACCCCGACGGAAGAAGAUCCUCUAGAAGAUCUAAUAAGAGAACUAAUAAUUCUGCUCGACCCGCUUAACACGUCUGGUUCGGAAGCGGGUGAUUGGCGCAACCUUGCGGAGAAAUUGGACGUUAAUGUGUCGAGAAUAAGGUGGCUGGAGAUUCAAAGUAGUCCCACGCGCUUGUUGUUAGAAACGUGGCUGGAGAGCAAGAAACCAUUGUCUGAACUGAGGGACAUAUUGUUAACAAUUAACAGACCCGAUGCCGCGGGGGAAGUUGAUAAGAGAGCAGCGAUAUUAGAAACACAUGCCGAGUCAUGACGAUCGAAAUUAAAGAAAGUGAGUUGUAAUGUUAUCUAUCAAGUACUUGUUUGUUUGUAUUCCAUUAUAAUGUACCAUUUUGGUACAGGAUGUAGGGUGCUAGCAUUGGACAUCAGUGAUGGGGAAAAAUCGUGUUUUACUCUGAACAGGUCACUCGCUGAGUUUGUUUAACAUAAAAUAAACAUGGCAUGAAAGACUUCGACCCGGAGAAUCGUAUAAUAUAGUUAUCAUUUCAAUUGAAUAGUUACGUUAAGUUUACGUUUUCUUCAAAUUCAUUGCUAUAAAACAUAACGGUUUAGUUAGUUCCAACGAACACAAACUACAAUUAAUUGUUUAUUUUAAAUUACAAAAUUUCAAUUGAAAAUGCCUUCUUGUCUAUAAAAUAAUUGUCGGAUGUAACUUGUUUACGUAAAAUAUAUAGAAGUAUUAGUUUUUACUUAUUAAAUGAUAAUGGUGCAUAUACGUUUCUGCAUGCCUGAUUUAGCACACAUAUAACCAUUUCAUAAGCGAGUUUGUCAAACACAAUAAUCAAACACAAACAAACUUGUGUUGACUUUGCUGAAACGCUUAAGUGGAUUUUUGCUUCCUAGAAGAAAGAUUGAAAAGAAAACAAAAUGACGCAUGUCUAUAACAAUUGAUAGCGAAAGUUCUACACACAUGGUGAAUAUUUUGAAAUAGGUUUACCCUUGAGGGUUAUCAAACGAAUAUGAAAUGAAAAUGAAAUAUUCGAUGAACUGUGCGAUAUAAAAUUCUCGAUGUAAAUGCGUGAUUGACAAAUACAUGUAAAUUGAGACUCUUACAUUUCUCUAUUGUGUAGUAAACCCUCGCAAAAAUGGACCGAAAUAUUAGUAAAUACUUCCUGAGAUAUUUCUAUAUAUCGAUUUUGUGAUCAAGUGCCUUUAAAUGACUAAGUGCAAUAUACGCCGGCAUAUUUUUGCUUCCUAGAAGAAAGAUUGAAAAGAAAACAAAAUGACGCAUGUCUAUAACAAUUGAUAGCGAAAGUUCUACACACAUGGUGAAUAUUUUGAAAUAAAAACACUGUUCUAUUGA